CCCUUUGGGAAGAUGACGUGCCGAAAAUAACGCAGGGACUUCUCUCUGGAUUAAUCCAAUUUAGGGGUGGGUUCGGCCACUUUUCCAGAGCGUUCUGGUGUCGAAACUCGAAACGCAGCGCACGCAUCCCGAAUAUGAUUUUUCGAGAAUUUGGUGGGGUCUCUAUAAAAGCUUGGCGGAACGAGGGUCGGGUACUAGUUCGGAUUGGGGGACCUGGAACGACACAUUCCGGGGACCAGCUCCUGGUUCAUCAUUCGAACUAGUCACUAAACCCCAUCACCAAUAAUGUCGACCUACGAGGAUCUGAUGCGUGCCAUGCUGUGGCCCAACGCCGUGGCCUCGGCCUCCCUCGUGCCCCACGCCGGCCAACCCCCUAUCCAGACCCUGGGCACCAUCUGCGAGGGACCUGGCGGCUUCCGGGUGUCGCUCGACGUGCACCAAUUUGGGCCGCGCGAAAUCAGCGUCAAGACUGUCGGCAACACCGUCACCAUCGAGGGACGCCAUGAAGAGCGCCCCGACGAACAUGGCUACGUUUCCAGACACUUCGUCCGGCGUUACGUCCUGCCUGACGAUUACGACGUCGAUCACGUCGCAUGCUCACUGUCCUCGGACGGAGUGCUGUCCAUCGCAGCUCCUAAGACUGAAGUUCACGAGAGUGGCGUCAAAACCAAGACUGUUCCUAUCGUGAUGCACAACAUACCAGCGGUCAAGCCGCACCCUGAGGUGCAUCACUUUGACACCGUCAAGUCAGAGGUGCCAAGCCACUCCGCCAAGCCUGCCAGUCACCACGGUCUAAACUGAGGGACCAUCUCGUAAAAGCACAAAAUUCAUUUGCCUCCAAUCAUUUUCACAUUACACAUCUCCUGAUGAGACUCGAAGUUUAGACUGACGCUUUUUUUUUACUUAAUAUGCCAAAAAAUAAUUAAAAUAGUAAAAGUUGUGACUCUGAAAGAACAAAUGGGCUUGAAAAAUUGAACAUUUAAAUUUAAUAUAUUGCAGAUGGAACCUUUGUUGGUCACAUUAAUGAGGGUGGGAGUUUUCCUUGGCUAUAUACAUAAAUUAUCUGAAUAUUGCAUUUUACUGUUUCUUGGUGUUUGAAAUUGACCACAAUUUUGGGUGUUUUGUUGUUUUAGUAUUUUGGUUAGAUUUUAGCAAUUUGAUGUUCAAUGCUUACAGUUUUCAAAUAUUCCUAUUUGGUGUGUACUUUAAUCAAAUAUAUCGAUAAAAUUAAUCACGCGUUUUGUGGGUCACCAUAGUAUUUUAUCCCAAUUUUUAACUACUGCAAUAUAUUAUAAUCUACCCUAUUCCCAUGUGCAACAAUAAUCAAUAAUCGUAGCCUUUAAGUUUGGUUGUCGUAUUUACUUUUACGAGUCAUUUUGUGCCUUUCGAACUUUCGUGUGUAUUUGCACAACUUGUAAGUAAUGUGUCCCUCCGGCCGGCAUUUUAGGUGCCGCAGUACUUUCCUGCAGCGAGCAAGUAUCGCAGUAGCUCAAAUGCUGACCGGAACAAAAUUGGUCACCAACCGCUUUAAGUUGCGCCCGAUUUAUUUAUAGAUGCAAUUUGCAUUCUAGGCUUGCAGCAUUCAUUUUCAUUAGCCAUCCUCUGUUUAUAUUUUGAUUUAAUAUGUUCUUGGUUUUUAUGAUUGGAAGUGAAAUAAAAUAUUGAAUCUUUAA